UAUCAGUCUCUAACUGGACUAACGGUAGUGCAGACGCUUUAAAAUCAUCUUCGUACAGAAGAAGACUAACGAACGAGUAUUGAUUUUUGUUCUCAGUUUUAAAAAAUAGUUUAAAGAUUUAUAACUUGUCGAUAAUAAUAAUGCAAGCAACAAAUGGACGUCUCUGGAGCACUAUCUGCAAUGGUCUAAUUGAAAUAAGAUCAUUGACCGAAGAUAAGUUGGAGGAGGCAUUAGAUGUUUUGGAUGGCUCAUUCUUCUUGUACGAAUCGGUGAGCAUUGGUUCGGAAAUUAAUCUGCCAGAAAAUGUUCAAGCCCGCCAGGAGUUGCGAGAAUUAAGCAGAUUAACCGCCCAGGAUGGCGUGUCAUUGGUGGCCAUAGAAAAGGCUAGUGGAAAACCGGUGUCAGUGGCUUUUAAUAAAAUUCAGUUCAUUCCCGAAAACGGUGAUGAUGUCUUCUUCCUAAAGUUCCGCAAAGAGAAAGCCCAUUCCCCGCAGGCUCAAUCGCUGAUGGAUUUUAUGAUCGAUGUCGAUGCGGAAUAUGAUGUUUUCGAUAAAUUCAAUUUCAAAUGUACCUGCGAACUAAUGUUCUUGGCCACAUUGCCCGAGUGGGGUUGCAAAGGUAUUGGCAAGGCAUUGACUCAACAUACCAUCGAUUUGACGAGGGAGUUGAAAAAUGGCAAGGGUUUGGAGUUUAUACAUCCCAGUCUGAGACAUCGCCGCCCCGAGGCCGUUACCGUGUUAUGGACUUCAAACUAUUCACAGAAAGUUGGCAAGGCUGUGGGUUUCAAGUCCAUGAAUUCCGUGCCCUAUACCAAGUUCCAUUUUAAUGGUAAAUCGUUUAGUGAACGCAUUGGACCGAUACACAAGGAUUGUGCGCAUGCGGUGUAUUUGUUUUGAGGUCAAAAAUUGUGUUUUUGUUUUCUGUUUUUGUGUAGAAAGUUAUGUAGAUUUGUAUUUUUUUUGUUGGGAUUUUUAGAGA